UGGAUGUAGAGGCAGAAAAUCUCCAUUUUUCUUUGCUUGCGAAAUUGGAUAGCAACUUUUCAAUGUAUUGGAUCGACUUAAUUGCAUUUUUUAUCAAGCAGAGUUAUCGCAUAACAAAAUGGCGGGAAUUUUACCGGCGUUAGAUUUGGUUAGAUUGAUGGACUGUCGCGACGUUAGGAUCACAUUUAUGAAGAAACUGUAAAGUAAUCUUCUCCGUCCGUAUUUAUAUUUCGCACGGUCCAGUCACUAACAGAUCUGUAACAACUUUAUACUCGGAGGAUAUCAUUUGUAUGAGCGGCUCGAUUCGACCACUUCCUCUCUCUCUCCACACGAUAAGAAUAUAGACGCAAACGGAAACUGUGAAUCACUGAUGAAUAUAAUUAGAUCACAAGUGAGAUGAUUACAAGUCUAUUUCAUAAUUUGCUGUUACAACUGAGAUAUAAAUAUUUCAUUUAUGUUGUGAAAUUAAGAUAGACAACAUAUGCGAAAUUACACAAAAUGUAUUCGCCACGAAAGAAAGUUCUUUGGUUCGCAAUCAUCAGUAGAAUUGCGAUAUUAAUAUUGCAAAUAAUUUUCAAUGCGUCAAUUCCCGAUCAUCGUGCGGAUGCGUUUAAAAGACCUCUGAAUUCCGCAGAGAAAAUGGGAUCCCUGUGGGAUGAAAUAAUUUAUUUUUUAUUCAACGGUUUUACACGUUGGGAUGGAGAAUAUUUUUUACAUAUUGCAAAAUACGGGUAUACGUACGAGAAUACUAUUGCCUUUUAUCCAUUGUAUCCAGCCCUGAUUCGCAUCGUUGCCUUUAUUUUGUCGAAAAUAUUCCCCGCGUUAAACAGCCAAAGUAUUAUAAUCGUUGCUGCGAUGCUUAUCAAUUUCGUGUGUUUCGUAAAAUCAGCUCUCAUUCUUUACGAUCUUACAAUACAUAUAUUUCAGGAUACUGUAAUUGCUUACAAAGCAGCGAUAUUUUAUUGUAUAAAUCCAGCCAGCAUAUUUUUCUCGGCCGUAUAUUCAGAAUCCAUAUUUGCAUAUUUAACAUUUUACACCAUGCUCGGCAGUAUGAAAUAUACGUCUACCAUUUAUUUUCCAUUGGCACUGUCGAUUUUAACGAGAUCGAAUGGUAUUGUCAAUAUAGGCUUCCCUGUAUAUUUCGGACUUAAGAAUUCUAUGUCGAAAGAAGUUGAGAAACAGAAACGCAAAAUACCAUAUAUUUUUAAACUAAUUACAUUAAGAAAUUGUUUCACUAUCUUGAGCACACUAAUUUUAUCGCUGUCUCCGUUUUUUCUUUUACAAAUAUACAACUAUAUUAAAUUUUGUACUUCUACACCCGAUAAGUCGUUAUUGCCAAUUCACAUUUUACAGUAUGCUACAGAAAAUAAUUUAGUAUUACCAGGCAUGACAAGUUCAAUAUGGUGUAACGCUACAAUACCUCUAGCAUAUUCAUAUGUACAAAAGACAUAUUGGAAUGUUGGAUUCUUAAGAUAUUAUCAAUUUAAACAAAUACCAAAUUUUAUUUUAGCUUGCCCAAUAUUGUUUAUUAUGUUGCAAUGCAUAAAAGAAUUUGCUUGCGAAUAUAAAGAUGAAUUGUACUUGUUAGGACUUUUUGAUAAUAAAAGAAAAAACGGAAAUACUCAAAUCAAAGUAUAUCCAUUAAGUAUGUUCGUCUUUGUAAUACAUGGAUUAUUUCUAACUAUGGUUUGCUUAUUCUUCGCACAUAUUCAAGUUAGUACACGUUUAUUAGCUUCUGCAAGUCCUUUGAUAUAUUGGUAUUGCGCCUUAAUUACAUCUCAUAAGUAUAUCGAUCAUAUUGAUUUACGAUAUGAAAAUGAAGAGAACAUUUGCUCGAAAUGGAAGGUAUUUUUCUUAUCACAAGAACAAUAUACAUUACAAGAUAAACUUGUACUAUUCUAUUUUAUAGGAUACACAAUUAUAGGAUGCUUAUUGUUUUCAAAUUUCUUGCCAUGGACUUGAUACAUCACAUUCUAUAUAAGUAUAUACUUAAUUUUUUUGUUAAGAACGUUUUUAAAUUUUUUGAUUGUUGUUAUUGUAAAUAUUAUAUUUGUUAAAGUUUUUGUACAUAAAGAAUAAAACUUUGUAGGCAAGUUAAAUUACUU